AUGAGCUCUCUGUACAACCCACCCGACUACGAUGACAUUCCACCACCUGCGUAUCAUGAUGGACGCGCUGUAGAGCGACUGCCCGCAUAUCGUGAAGGUUAUCUUCUACGCUACCACCCUUAUGAGCGAUAUCGGCCUUCCCUCUUCCAGAGGCUAUUGUUCUCGCCCUGCGGUCGCGACUUCGACUACCCCGCCCUCUUCACAACGAACGACGAUAAUGCUGGGAUACAAGCUAUCGCUGGAGAUAGUGCCACGGGAGGUGCCUCCGUCAACAAUGUUGAGGAUUCGAACGCGCUUAUCCCACUUCGGUCUUCUGGCGCUCAGGCUGCUCCGAGCGAAGCCUCGGACACAUCUCACGGCGUGCUAAUUUCGCCCACGCAUGUCAGAAAGCAUGCGCCGUCUGCGUCGCGUCCAGCGAAGCGCAAACGCGACUUCGAAGGAGAGGGCGAUUUUGAUUAA